AUGUUUGAAGAUUCAAAAACUCCCGUUAUAACUUUUGUGCCAUAUUUUCUUCUGAUCAAUAAAUUAUCAAAUUAA